GCGGCGCUGGUCAGGGAGAGUGAAGGACACAGGUAAACCAAUGGUGCAGCGCCUCUCCAAGUUUACCCGCCGAUCUCGGCUUCCCUUUUUUACCGAGUUGGACCCGCAACAAAGGAUCCGCCGUGAAUGCACCGCGGCUGAACGGAGUGAGCAUACGCACUCGCCGAACAGUGAAAUGAACGCUAUGGAUAGAGCAGUUUCUUUUGCGCAGAGAAUUGUGGGAAUCUCGGCCGCCAUUCAUCAUUAACUAGAGCUGUCAGAAUGGAAGGCUCGGCACACUGGAAACUUAGCUCACAUCAAGAUCAGACAGAGUCACUUGUUUCAUCGGGGCCUGACUAUCUUCAGCCUCCAAACAUGGAAGCAAAAAGCACCAUUCAUGAUGGGGAGAAGCCAUUCACGUGUUCUAUCUGUGGGCGAGGCUUCAGCCAAUCAUCUGGUCUGUCGAGACACAAGCACAGUCACACCAGUGAGAAACCAUGUAAAUGUGGGGAUUGUGGGAAGGGAUUCAGCUACCCAUUUGAGCUGGAAAUUCAUCAGCGCAAGCACACUGGAGAGAGACUGUUCACCUGUUCCGUGUGUGGUAAGGGAUGCACUCACUUUGCUGCCCUGCUGAAGCACCAGCGAGUUCAUACUAUCGAGAGACCUUUUAAAUGUCUAGACUGUGGGAAUUGUUAUAAAAGUUCCUGGGAACUGACAUGCCACCAACGUAUUCACACCGACGAGAGACCAUUCAGGUGUUCCUACUGUGAGACUGGGUUCAGACGAUCAUCUGACCUCACUGUACACCAACGCACUCACACUGGGGAGAGACCAUUCAGCUGCUCUGUGUGUGGGAAGGGAUUCACUUGUUCAUCUAACCUGUUGAAACAUCAGCGAGUGCACACUGGGGAGAGGCCAUUCACCUGUUCUGUAUGUGCAAAGGGAUUCACUUGUUCAUCCAACCUGUUGAAACACCAACGAAUUCACACUGAGGAGAGGCCAUUCACCUGUUCCAUGUGUGGGAAAGGAUUCACUGUCUCAUCUAACCUGUUGAAACACCAGCGAGUUCACAAGUGACUGUCAAGUUAAAUUAUUAAGGAAUGUAAAUCAAAAAUGUAAAAUACAUUACAGCCACAUCGAUAAAAAAGGAUGGCUGUGAUCGAGAUAGGACCAUCAAUGAUAGACAGAAAAAUGCCACAGAUAAUAAUAGAGACAGCUGAAACAUUGUUGUUAUUUAGCUCAGGUAUUUACUAGGGAGAUAGAACAGAUAGACAUAAGGCUGAAUGGUGAGUCGAGCAAUGAGACAAGUGCAUUUAAUCUUUUUUAAAAAGUGAUGUAGUGAAAAAGCUGAACAAACUCAACAGGGUAUAAAGCCCUGUCCAGAUGGAUUUCACCCAUGUACUUUAAAAGAAUCUAGAGAGGAGAAUGCAGAAGCUUUUCUACACUUAUUUAAAAAUUUGUUCAAAAAAAGUGUAGCACCAGAGUACUGCUGGAUAUCUAAUGUAAUUCCUCUAUUUAAGAUGGGGACGUUCAUCGCAAAAGCUUCAGUUGUGAUGCCUCACAUAGUGACAGAAUGUGGAACAACAGCAGGCUGACUGAGAACACCAAACUGCAAUUCCAGCUAGCUUGCAUCUUCAGCGCAUUCUACACUGGUGAGAUGAGGAUAACAUGUGCUAGGCAGGAGAAAGGCUAAACAAUUUUCACCUUCUCUGUCUCAGAAAUAUUCUUCUCAUUUCAAGGCAGGACAAGAUCACCAACUCAUUGGGUCCUGGAACCUGCUACUUCCAUCAAUGUACACUUGUUGCCAAGCUAUCAAAGUCACCUCUGGCUCAGCCACGUUCAGUGGAUAGAUGACGGCUAUAUAACCAAAGAUGUUCUAUAUGGCACUGGCUCAUGAUCUCCUGGGCGCCCAUACCUCUGCUAUAAGUAAACCUGUAAGUGAGAUAUUCAGAUAGCAGACAUUGAUACUGACAACUGGGAGAGAACCACUGAUGGCCAUGACCUCUGAAGACUGACUUUGGAAGGGCAUUAGAAAAGAUGAGCAGAAACAAAGAGCUCAUCUAGCCUAGAAGAGCACCCAGAGAAAACAGUGCAUCACGAAUCCUGCAUAUUCUCACUUGCCUCUGUCUUCCCCUGCAGCAAAUGUGCAGCCUACCAUGCUAGCCUUGGGCUCCUGAGCCACACCAGGCAAUACUUAAAACAGAAUUGAUCACCACAGCACAAACCAUCACCUUUUAAAAUGGAAUGCUGCCACUGUGGUGUAUCCCGAGGUAUUGCAUUUCAACACGGUGGGUGUAUCCUGGGAUAUUACAGCACAAAAUGACUUAUGCCCUGUGAUAUUA